GUUGGGAGAACAGGAGAUAACAAAGAAGCAACAGUAACAGCAAAGGUUCGUUCAUUAAAACAAGGAUAUCCAGUUGUUACAGGGAAAGUCUUUAUAACGAAUAUUCUGAAAUCAUGAGUGACCUUUCCAAGGCAUCUUUAAAGAAGACGCUCCUGCAACUUGAAUGCCAUUUUACUUGGUUGUUACUGAAGGAGGAUGUUGCUCCUGACGAACUUGAAGAAAGAAUUCUUGAGCAGAUUGAGUUUCUACAGUCCAAAUCCAAAGUCCGAAAUUAUAACCUGCUGGCCUAUGUGAAAUACUUGAAUGGCAAGAAGGAAGAAGCCCUGGAGAAUUUACAAAAAGCCGAAGAGGCUGUUAAAAUAGAGUACCCAGGAGAAAUUGAAAAGCAAAGUCUUGUGACCUGGGGCAACCGCGCUUGGGUGUGCUACCACAUGGACAAACUUACAGAAUCAGAGACCUACACAAAGAUGGUGGAAAGUGUCUGCAAGCAACACGGAAGCGCCUCUCCUUAUAAGAUGAAACUGCCACAGAUCUACUGUGAGAAGGGUUGGGCCCUCCUCAAAUUUGGGGGACAUUAUUAUGAGAAAGCCAAGGAGAGCUUUGAAAAGGCCCUGGAAGAAGAACCCGAAAACCCAGAAUUUAAUACUGGCUAUGCAAUCACGGUGUACCGCAUGGAGGAUUAUUAUGAAAGAAAAUCAGCAGCAGAAGGGUCAUCGCUAGAACCCUUGAAGCGUGCAGUAAGACUGAAUCCGGAUGACGCAUUUGUUGUGCCUCUCCUUGCGUUAAAGCUGCAGAAAACUAACAAAGCUCAAGAAGGGGAAAAAUACAUCAAAGAAGCUCUUUCAAAAAAUCCAGACCUUCCUUAUGUGCUGAGGUAUGCUGCAAUAUUUUACAGGGUGAAAAAUGAUACACAAACAUCCCUCUUGUAUUUGAAGAAGGCAUUAGAGUUGACGCCAAACUCCGGCUUCCUGCACCAUCAGGUAGGGCUUUGCUAUAGAGCACAGUACUUUGAAAUGAAAAAGGAAAGAGGAAAAUACCAGACCAGAGAAAAGAUGGCAGAACUGAUAGAGCUUUGUAUUUUUCAUUUCAAGACGGUGGUGGAGCACAAAACCAAAUUCUUCUAUGCUUAUCUGGACCUUGCAAACAUGUACGCUGAAGGGAGACAGCUUUAUAAAGCUGAGGAAAUGUUUCAGAAGGUAUUUGCAAAGAAGAAACUAACCUGUGCUGAAAAGCAACAGCUCCAUUUCAAUUAUGGGCGCUUUCAGGAAUUUCACAAAAGAUCAGAAUCUGAAGCACUUGAGCACUACCUGAAAGGGCUGAAAAUUGAAAAUGAAUCAUUUGACAGAGUUAAGUGCAAAUCUAACUUGAAGAAGUUAAUAGAAAAGAAAAUCUCCCAAGGUCGAGGAGAUGCCAAAUGUUUUGGCAUCAAUGGAUUUAUUCACCAACUUGAUGGGGAGAAAAAAGAAGCAAUUAGAUGCUAUGAAAGAGCCCUGAAAAUGGAUCCUAGAAAUGAAGAAUACCUCAGUGCUAUUUUGAAGUUGAAACUUUCCUUAUGAAACUAAACUUUCCUACAUGUGUUCACAGUUUCUUCCUUUUAGAUACUCAGUGUUGUUUUCAAACAUAUAGAAUUAUUCAAAUAGAAUUAUUAGUCUCUUUAUUUCAUAGCAGCCCAUGAAUUUUCUUUGAAGUAACUGGUUAAAAGGCUAUCAUCCUGUAAUAGUUAAGCAUUUUGCAGCGUUUGAUCUUAUUUCACUGGUCAUUUUGUAAUCUCACAUAAAUGUUUCACUUAGGUGAUAGUUGCAUCAUAUUUUUUCCAUUGGGAGAUUUACAGACCCAUUUAUAGAGUAGAGGAGCAUGAAAUUCCAUUUUCAAAAGGACUCUAGGAAUAAUUUUACAUAUAUAGUUAGAUGACAGAGAGAUAAAGAGAUAGAUUGCUGCCUUCUGAACUAUGUCCUUUUGAUCUAAGAUUUGAAAAAAAAUCCUCUAAGCUCUUCCCAGGAGUGAUAGAGCUCAUUUGCACUGUUAAUCAUGAGAAUGAACUGAGUAGCACCAUUCAGAGGUACACUUCAACUUUUAGAGUAGUAUAAUAAUCUAUAACACUAUCACUCGAUAGGCAAACCUACUUUUAAGACCUUCACGUUAUUCCAACGAAAGAUCCUUUUUGACAAUAUUUAAUGAAUCAUCUAAUACCUAAACACAUAGCCUACUUGAAUGACCUUCCUUGGUUUCCUUUUGGCAUUCCCAUCAAUGAAAUGCAUGGUUGGCUACUGGACUAGAUAGACUGUUCAUCUGAUCCAGCAUGGCUCUUACGUUCCUAUGUAAAUUUUCAAAAGGUAUAUGGCACAUUCUUGGGGUAAUGUAUAUUUGCAGAAAUAGGCUUUUCAGACGUUUGGCGUACAUUUGCUUUUAGGCAAUCAAUGUGCAGUUUUUCCCAGCUGUCACAGAUCUUGAGUCUUGUAAAGAAAAUUCAAAAAGGGAUCAGCUACAGGGUUGUAAAGUUUAGGUUAAGAGACUGUGAUCGGCCCAUGGUUGCUUUAUGGCAAGACAGGAGUUGAAGAACCUAGAUUUCUCAAGCCUGGGUCAGGCACUUUAAACACCUGACUCUCCAGAGUAUAUUGUAAAAUAUAUACUAGUAAGUACACUACAAAAUCAACAUUAAAUACCAUAUAACAAAGACAAUCAUUAAAUUACCAUUGCAUGACUUAUAAGGGUAGCAUCUGUAAGUUAGUAAAAUAUAAAAGGAAUUGUAAAAGUUGCAAAUUACCAAUUUUUCUGUUGUACUUUAUUCAUUCACGUGUUCCUGUUUUGGGGUUUCUGUUUGUAAGAAUUUUUUCCUCCCCUACUUCCUUUUCCACAUGUAAUAAAACAAAUCCCAUGCACAGAUA